AAAACAAAGGAAAACAGGUCAGGAACGUGACAACUUGAAGGUACAUAAAUGUUAUGUCUUGUCUAGAGAGCGUUCCAUGGAUGGUAUAUGCAUAAGCUUCCCACACCACACGUUAACCAACUUUUCACCAUUACAGUUAUAGUUCAAAUCCCAUUUUGUCACACUGACACUUGUUUACAUAAAGAGCAGCUUUUCGCAAGACCAUGACCCGUUCGUGGCGCAAGGAAAGGGCCCAGGUUGUUGUGUAGCAUGUGGUGACACUUUGUCAAGUCUUCCUCCCCAGUGGACUUGUCAUUAUCGAUAUUGUUGUUGUCAGCUGUCAGUGUUUUGAACUUGGAAUUGAACCUUUUUUCCUGGGUAGAUGUUCAAAGAAAAAAGUUGACAAGAACACCUGGCUGUACAGCUCUGAAAAAAACAUGUUGAUCUCUGUGGUAUCGGAGACAAUUACUUUUUUCAUAUGACAUAUGGAAAGUACUUGAACUGUUUGCCAGUGGCGCUCUCCUCCUAACCAAGUAGGUCUUUACUGUGUGUGUGUGUGUGCGUGUGUACGUUUGUGUGCACGCUUGUAUGUAAAUGUGUGAGGAACUUUUCGCACAUUCGGUGAGUGUUGGCGCACUGUCACACUGGGAGUGUUUGUCAUUCCAGCGUCACAGGAGCUUGUUGCACAAUGGCCUCUGUUGUGGCCCCUUGGUGUGGGCCUACGCUGCAGCGCUGCAAUAAGAAUGACUACAGGGUACAGAGAGCAGAGCACAGCCUCACAGGCCUGGGAGGGGAAGAAGGAGUGGAGAAAGUGCUUAGGCCUGCCCACUGUUGACCCAGAGGUUGUGCAAUGCCUCAGUCAGACUCAGUCAGGCUCUUUGAGCUGGAUCUACAAAGGAGAGACACACAUGACAGGCUUAGCUCAGUAAAGCAAGGCAAAGCAACCGCUGGUACAAGGAGUGUAGUGGUCAGGUUAUGGUUAAAGGGGUAUGCCAGCACCUAACAAGGAGACAGGAUGACAACUACUGGUUGGCUGGACUGCAGUAAGCAGAUGGACAGGGUCUCUGUGAGGACUGGGUGCUCUAUGGAUCUACAUCUACAUGUCUGUUAGGAGCAGCCUGCCUUCCCCCAGUCUCUGUCACAGCAUGGCCCGAAACAAGGCAUACUGGGGACAGCCACAUUGCACAAACAGCCUGUGCUUUAGCCUGGAUGCUGACGACGCAAUGGAACACAACUUGAGAGAGCAUCACCAACACCACACAGUGUCCCAGGGCUUUGACUACAAGAUGCCCCAGCCCCACCAUCCACUGUACUCUAGCAGCCAUCCCUUGACCUCUCACUCCACUAUGCCCCGCCCUCCUGAGGGGGACCAGGUGGUCCCCUCCUUCCAGAGACUAUCAGUUUACGAGCAGGGUCCGUCCUGCGGCCCCAAGCCCCUGCCCCCUCUCCCUGACCCAGAGGAUAACUCCUCAGAUGAGGCGACGGACAGCGAGGUGGAAUUCUUCAUCGACGAGAGGCGACACCUACUCCCCCAGCGCUGCUCCACGAAGGCCCUGGCCCUCCACUAUGGAGCCACCGGACGACGCAGCUUCAGGGGCUGUGGCCAGGUCAACUAUGCCUACCUUGAGGGGCCCCCCGGGGCUAGCGGCUCGGCUAAUGGUGGAGCCCAAAGUGGAACCCAGGAGCAGCAGGCUCAGUUUGGGGGACAGAUAGGGCCAGGGGCCGUGGUGGUAGCGGCGAGGGACAUCUCUAGCAAGCAACUCGAUCGGCCCCAAAAGUCCAAGCUGCGGCGCUCCCACUCGGGCCCUGCAAGCUCCUUCAAGCCCUCUGGCCUGCGCCAGUCAUGCCACCUUCACCACCACCACCAUGGCAGCUACAGGGGCCACCCCCAGCUGGACAAGCCUGAAGUUCCUCCCCGCAUCCCCAUCCCCCCACGCCCCUCCAAGACUGCCAACUGCCACCGUUGGUCUGUCGCCGAGGACCAAGACAAGCCUCCCAAAGUCCCUCCCAGGGAACCGAUAGCGCCCCCUUGUGGCUCCUGUUGCUCCCCUAGUCCCAAGAGCCUCCCUAUAUACGUGAAUGGGGUGAUGCCCCCUACGCAGAGUUUCGCCCCCAACCCCAAAUAUGUCAGCAAGGUCCUCCAGAGGCCACAAAAGCAGCAUAGGGAUGGGACCACUGGGCCCUUGGUGGGCCCACGCUCCCCCUGUAUCGUGCCCAUCAUGGAGGAUGGGAGGAAAGCCAGCGCCACGCACUAUUUCCUCCUACCCCGGCGGCCAUCCUACAUGGACAGGUUAGAAAGGUUCUUGAGGGAGAAGGAGGCAGAUGGUGUCCAGCAACACUCCCAGCUCAGGGUGGGGUUGCCAGAACAGGCAGAAACCCCCUGUCAUCAUAUAGAGCUUCAGCAUUGCGGGAAGCUUGAAGACUGAACCCCCACACACUAAUGUGCAUCUUUAAUUGCACCCUAUUCCCUAUAUAGUGGAAAUGGGGUGCCAUUUCGGGACGAACCCUUAGUCAUUCAGUCUAUGGUGCUACCACUAAAACUUUUGCCACCUCACUUGAUGCAACAAACAGAAUUUUUGCAAAGAUAAACCAUAGAUGCCUGGAGGCUUCAAGUGUCCGAUCUGUACUGUCACUACAUCCAAACAGAAAACAGUGUAAUGGAUUGGUAUAAGGUGGUCUUUGUGGUGCUCUGUGAGUAGUGCUUUGUUAAAUGGUAUGGGUUAACUGAAGACAUGCAAGUGAAACAUUUGUUGUACAUUAUUUUGCUGUUGAAAGACCAAUCUGUUGAGGGAUUCAUUUGAAGGUAUCGGUUUAGUGUUAAACUAAUCGAUCUAGGUCUAGUUGGCUCCUACUGUUCAUGGUUAUGUGUCAACUAAUGGAAAAUGUUCUACUCAAUGUGGGGAAAGGUAUAUUUAUAAUAUUCCAAGUCUAGGGAGUAUGUACCCACUAAUUAUCUGUUCACAAAAAAAUAUGUAUAGAAAUCGUCCCUUUUCAGCCAGAGUCGUAUUAACUAGUCACCAAAUGGAAGAAAACCGACUGAAACAGGGAGGGACUACCUGAACUUGUCCAAUAAGAAACGUUCAUUUUCAUUUUCUGUUGGUAAACACUUUGCUAGUGUGUGCACUGAUGAAUAUGACACAGUAUGACCAGAGUUGGACGUCACAAAGAUUUCCCCCCUAGUAGGCAUCCUAUUGGAUUACCUGACACAGAUUUUUACAGUGGAUGGCCUUGACUCAGACAUUUUAUAUUUUAUUCAUUUAACAGAUGCUCUUAUCCAGAGCAACUUAUAGAUACAUCUUAAGAUGGCUAUGUGGGACAACCACUUAUCCCAGUAAGUAAAUGUUUCCUAAACAAAGUAGCUAGUCAGCAAAGUCAGAACUAGUAAGAGGGGAAAAGGUCAAGUGCGAAUGUUAGUUCACGAAAGGCAUUUUUGGGGGGUGGCUGUAGACUGUUGUUUUAUUGGCCUUUGCUGUACAUCAAAGUUAUCCCACAAUCUAUGUGAUUACAUUAAAAGGCCCAAUGCAGCCGUUUUUAUACCAAUAUCAAAUCAUUUCUGGGUAACAAUUAAGUACCUCACUGUGAUAGAUUUCCAUUUAAAUGGGCAAAAAUUACUUCUUAGCGAAAAACUAUUUCUCAAGCAAGAAUUUAGCUAAGGCUGUCUGAGUGGGGAGGGGAAAAUCGAAAACUAGCUGUUAUUGGCAGAGAGGUUUGGAACUCUUUCGGAAAGCUGAAACCCACUGGGUACUGACAUCAGUUCAAUGUCUAGUUUUGAUUUACAUUUUGUUGAGUUGUUAACUAAUGUGAAUUCAACGUGAAAUCAACUAAACAUUUCACUGUGUCAUGGGUUUAGGUUAAAAGGUGGGUAAAAAAGAAAGAAAUUCAUUUACAUUGAUGACUUUAAAAGUUUUUUGAGUUGAUUCAACGUCAUCACAUUGAAUUUUUUACAAAUAACUUUGAUUCAACAAGUUUUUGCCCAGUGGGAACUCCCAGCCAUGCAAACCUGCUGAUUAGAAGGUCCUGUGUAGAUUGUAUUUUCAACCAGCAACUAUAAGGAAAGAACACUGAUCACAUUUGAUUUACUUUUACAGUGUUAGUUUCAUCAGCUGUUGUACAAUACGAUAUAAAACACAGGAAAAACACAGGGCCUUUAACAAUGAAUGGAGAUUGGGUCGCUCCUCCAUUUCGAACAGCUGGUCUGUUUUCAAGUAUUACACAAAGUGGAUGUUGUGGAUUUUCUGGUUCUAUAAAUAAGUCUCUCUCUCAUAAUUGUAUCUACUUUUUUCAUUUAACAUUAUUUAUAUUAUCAUAAUUUGGCCAAGUUUAACUCUUGAUUUCACCUCACAGUAUUUUCUUUGUAAAUGUAUUUGAAAAGUGUCUAUAUUAAUGGGAGAUAGAAUGAGGGUGUGUUAGUUGUAUUGGCUACUCUUCCCUAUACACUGAUUUCCCGCCCAAUGAUAACCAGGUAAAUACUAUGGAUUUAUAUCUGUACUUAAAUUGUUAUGAGUUGGUAGUGCUACUUAAUAUGAUCAAUGCAAUUAACAUGGAAUAUAAUUCAUUAUAGUAUUUUUAUGCACUGUAUGUAUGGUGACUUUGUAGUUUCUACAAUUGUGUAUUGCAGCAUACAUUUAUUUCAAGGGAUAGAAGAUGAGAUUGAUAACCAUUCAGAUUAGCCAAUUUCAUGACUCCAAUUACCAAACUAUAUUAUUUCAAAUGGAUAUGGAUA